AUGACAGCAUUGGUUGCUGGCGAAGCUUAUACUCUAAAGCACGAAGCUGGAAGAUGUUCGAUAAGGGGUAGUUGUGGGAAGGAUAGCUUCUUUGGUCCCGAGCUUCCUUGCCCGGAUAACGGGCUCGCGAAGGAACCGGAUCAUGAUGCGAGGAAACAACUAGUCGAGCUAUGCGGUCCAAAAUGGAGUACAGGGCCUGUUUGUUGUGAGGGGAAUCAGAUAGAUGCUCUUGCAGAUCAGAUCAAGAAGGCGAAUCCGAUUAUAUCCUCUUGCCCGGCAUGUAAAGAGAACUUCUACAACCUCUUCUGUACCUUUACAUGUUCACCAGAUCAAUCUCUAUUCUUGAAUGUGACUGAAACAAAGAAAAAGGGUGAUAAAUACAUCGUUACUGAGCUAGAUCAACUCAUAUCUGAUGAAUAUGGGUCCGGUUUCUUUGAUAGCUGCAAGGAUGUUAAGUUUGGACCAACGAAUUCAAAUGCUAUGGAAUUCAUAGGAGGAGGAGCCAAGGAUUACUCUUCAUUCUUGGCUUUCCUGGGACAUAAAUCUUUACUGGGUUCGCCAUUCCAGAUCAACUUUCCAAAGCCAAGCGAAUAUCCGGAGAAAGGAAUGGAUCCAUUACCUAUGGUACCAAAGAAGUGUAAUGAUGAGGAUGAGAACUUCCGAUGUUCCUGUGUGGAUUGCCCUGCAGUCUGUCCAGCUUUGCCGGAAGUUUCCAAGUCAGGCUCAUGUCAUGUUGGAUUACUUCCUUGCCUUUCUUUCGCCGCCAUAUUUACUUACAGCAUUUUGUUACUGUUGGUCGCCGUCGCUGUCCUUGGUCACAUAGCAUGGUCUAAACGUACUCGACUUCUGGAAGACGAUGUUGCGCCAAGCGAUGAUGAUGAUGAAGGGGACAUGAUACACAUCGGAGCCACGUAUGACCGACCUCAAAGGAAUUACUGGAUCAAUACAGUCUGUGAUAGCGCGUUCAGUCGUCUUGGCUAUACAGCUGCAAAAUUUCCAGCUAUCACUAUUGUAACUAGCAUAGUUGUAGUGGGAAUCUUGAGUUUGGGUUGGACAAAAUUUGAGAUCGAGCAAAAUCCUGCACGAUUGUGGGUCAGCCCAUCGUCUGCUGCUGCUCAAGAAAAAGCUUAUUUCGAUUCAAAUUUUGGACCCUUUUACCGUGCCGAGCAAGUAUUCUUGGUCAAUGAUACAAAUGCAUCAGGUCCUGGUCCUGUGAUGAGUUACGAUACAUUGAAAUGGUGGCUUGAAGCCGAAGAUCGAAUCAGAGGAUUGACCGGCAAGCAAACAGGUACCACUUUCAACGAUAUAUGCUUGAAGCCCACAGGUGAUGCGUGUGUUGUUCAAUCUGUAGGAGGUUACUUGAACGACGAUAUCUCCAGUGUGAGUCCGGAUACAUGGGAGAAGACCAUCCGAUCAUGUGCCGAAUCUCCUGUCAAUUGCCGCCCUGCUUUUGGUCAACCAUUAGAUCCCAAAAUGAUCUUUGGUGGCUGGCAAGAAUCCGGCAAUGUCAUCGAUGCUACUGCCUUGAUUAUUACCUGGGUAGUAAACAACGAUGAUGAGGGAUCAUCUCAAGUUGAACAUGCUAUGGAUUGGGAAGCUUCCCUUCGAGAUGAAUUGUUACGUUUGCAGGCUGAGGCAAGCACUCGUGGUCUGAGACUUUCAUUCUCGACAGAGAUAAGUCUCGAACAAGAACUUAAUAAAUCUACCAACACUGAUGCAAAAAUUGUCGUCAUCAGUUAUAUUAUCAUGUUCUUUUAUGCAUCCUUAGCACUAGGCUCAACCACCAUCUCAUUACAAACAUUGAUGCGCAACCCAGCUAGCUCUUUGGUCCAAUCAAAAUUUUCACUCGGAGUAGUGGGAAUCCUGAUUGUACUAAUGUCUAUCUCAGCAUCAAUCGGUCUAUUCUCUUUCUUAGGUGUUAAGGUUACUCUUAUCAUCGCUGAGGUUAUUCCUUUCAUAGUUCUUGCAGUUGGUGUUGACAAUAUCUUCUUAAUUGUGCACGAAUUCGAAAGGGUUAAUACUAACCAUCCUGAUGAAAUGGUUGAGAUGCGUAUUGCUAAAGCACUCGGAAGAAUGGGUCCAUCAAUUCUUUUGUCGGCCUCUACUGAGACUAUCGCAUUUGCACUUGGUGCUUUUGUUGGUAUGCCCGCGGUUCGAAAUUUCGCAAUCUAUGCCGCUGGUGCAGUAUUCAUAAAUGCUGUUUUGCAGAUCACCAUGUUCGUCUCCAUUCUCAGUCUCAAUCAACGACGUGUCGAGGAUCGCCGUGUAGACUGUAUCCCUUGCAUUCAAAUCAAGACUGCGGGUGUUCAUCUAGGGAAUGGAAGUGCUUACUCUAGAUUUUAUGAAGGCUCUGAUGAAGGUGUUCUUCAGAAGUUCAUUCGCAAAACCUAUGCUCCAACUUUACUUGGCCCCAAAGUAAAAACUGCUGUUGUGGUUGUAUUUCUUGGUAUAUUUGCUGCUGCCGUUGCGUUGAUUCCUGAAGUUGCUUUGGGCUUGGAUCAACGCGUGGCAAUUCCGGACGGCUCAUAUCUCAUUCCAUACUUCAACGACUUGUACGACUACUUUGACUCGGGACCACCAGUGUACUUCGUCACUCGGGAGUUGAAUGUCACUGAACGUAAGCAUCAGCAACAGCUCUGCUCUCGCUUUACAACAUGCGAAACAGAGUCCCUCACCAAUAUUUUGGAGUCCGAAAGAAAAAGGCCAGAAGUUUCUUAUAUUGCGGCUACUCCUGCUAGUUGGAUCGAUGACUAUUUCCGUUGGCUCGAUCCUUCAUUAGAUUCGUGCUGCGUUGAAGGUGGUUCGGCUUGCUUCAACAAUCGUGAUCCGGCAUGGAAUAUUACUUUACAUGGUAUGCCAGAAGGUCAAGAGUUUAUCCAUUAUUUGGAGAAAUGGAUUGCUUCUCCAACCAACGAGGAUUGUCCUCUUGGUGGUCAAGCUGCAUAUGGAAAUGCUCUAGUCAUUGAUGCCAAACGAGGUACUAUACCUGCAAGCCACUUUCGCACAAGUCACACACCACUUCAUAGCCAAGAAGAUUUCAUCGCUGCAUAUGCCUCUGCACGCAGAAUCGCAGAUGGUAUGAGUGAAAAAUCUGGUCUAAAAGUAUUCCCAUACAGUGUCUACUAUAUUUUCUUCGACCAAUACAGCUCAAUCAUCAGUCUAACCGCUACUCUCCUCUGCUCCGCUCUCAUCCUUAUCCUAUUCAUCUCCUCGAUUCUUCUCGGAUCCUUAAAAACCGGCACAGUUGUAACAGUUACCGUCAUAAUGAUAGUCACCGAUAUCAUUGGCACAAUGGCCGUCUUCAACGUCUCUCUCAACGCAGUUAGUCUCGUGAACCUAAUUAUAUGCGUUGGUAUUGGCGUCGAAUUCUGCGCCCACAUCGCUCGCGCCUUUAUGUUCCCUUCCCGCUCCGUCAUGGAAAAAGCCAGAAAGUUCCGUAACCGUGAUGCUCGUGCUUGGACUGCUCUAGUCAACGUCGGUGGUUCAGUCUUUAGCGGUAUCACGAUUACAAAAUUAGUAGGAGUUAGCGUCUUGGCCUUUACGAGGAGUAAGAUCUUUGAGAUUUAUUACUUUAGAAUUUGGCUUGCGCUGGUUAUUUUUGCCGCCUCUCAUGCUUUGAUGUUUUUACCCGUGGCGCUUAGUUUGGUCGGUGGAGAGGGUUAUAUGGAUAAUGAGCUUGAUGGGGGUUUGGAGGAGGAUUUGGCGGAUAGGAGAUAUAGGGCUUUGUUGCCGGAUGAGGAGAGUGAUGAUGAGUAUUAG